AUGAGCAAGUCCCAUAGAUAAGAAGUAGAGUAAGUACUUGGUAAUCAAAGAGAUUAGUUUUAAUAAGAAUAUAACGAGGAUUAAGACGAUCUUGAUGCUGUAGAAUUAGACGAUUAGUUUAAAAAUGAUGCUUAGUAUAAAGAACUCAUUGGAGGUCUUAAAAGUGAUCAACCUAUUAUUGGUAAAAAAUCAAGUAGAAAUUUAGAAGAUCUCCCCAAAUAUAAGGGAAAAAAAGUAACACGUAAAGAAAUGGAAGAAAUUGAUCAAUAAGAUUUAAUGAUUAGUGAUUCAGAAUUAGAAGAUGAUGAUGAAGAAGAAGAUAAUGAUGUUGAUAACUCCAGCUAGUAAAGCUAGUAAGAUUAAGAUUCAGAAUAAAGUGAAGAUGAUAAUGAAGAAGAAUCUGAAGAUGAAAAGCCUAAAGUUAUUAAAAAUAAAUCAAAUGGAAAAAGAAAAUUAAGUAAAGAAUUAAAUGAUAGCGAAGAAGAAUCAGGACAUGAAGAAGAAGGAGAUGACGAUGAUGAAGAAUCAAAACACUUGAAAAAAAUAGCUAAAAAACUUGUUGAAUAAAAGAAAAAUAAGACUUAUUUGCAAGAUUAAAUGAAUGUUGAUGAUAUUAUUGAUGAGAUAGAUUAAGAAGAUUAAGACCUUAAAUAAGAAACUCAAAAAUAGCAAGAUGAUGAGAUGCAAAAGGCUAAGGCUGUCAGAUAAUAAAUAUAACUUUGGAAAGAACUUGUGUUUGUAAGAUUUAACAUGCAUAAAAACUUAGAAUUGGUUAAGAAGCUUCCUAGCCCUUAAGAUAUCGGUGGAUUUGACUCUAAGGAAAAUAAUCAAAAUAAAAAAUACUUAGAAUUAAAUAUUUUAAGAAAUAUUGAUUUAAUAUAAAAAAUAAGAGGAAACCUUACAGAAAAAGCUAAUGGCCCUAAAGAUCGUAUCUUAAGAAAAAACAAUAUAAAGUUAUUGUAAAAGUUUAUCAAUCACAAUAAUAUUGUAAGAGAUCAGUAUGAAAAUGAAAAUGAAUUAAACAUUAAAAGUAUGUGGUAGUAAUUUGAGGAAUCUUUUGACAACAUGCACAAUUGGAUGGAAGAAAAUAUCCUUAAGUGGAGUCAAAAAACUUAACUUUUAAACUCAAUUAAUUUAAAACGUAAUGGAAUGAGUGCUCUUAUUCAUACUCCUAUUGGAUAAACAUAGAAAGCCAUGUAGCAAAUUGAUAAUCUUAUUUAUAAAAGCUAGCUUAAGCGUACAUCAUUUAGAAUUUUAGGUAGGGACAUUUCUAAUGUACAAAAAGAAACUGACCAAGAAAUAUUUGAUGAUAGUGAUUUAUAUCAUGAGCUAUUAAAGGAAUACAUGACAGAAAUAGAAGAAAAUAAAGAAGUAGGCGAAGACGGGUUAUUAUUUGAUUCUACAAGACUUUAUCUUUUAGAAAGAAAACUCAAGCAAUAAGAAAAGAAGUAAAAAAUAGUUGAUAGAAGAGCUUCAAAAUCUAGAAAGAUCCGCUUUGAUGUUCACUAAAAAUUAGUUAACUUUAUGAAUCCCAUAGAUAAUAAAGAAUUACUUGAAGGACGUAAUGAAAUCAUAAAAUGUUUAUUCGGUAAAUUCGAAAAUGAAGAAGAAGAAAACUAAUAAUAACAAAAUGAAAGCAAUGAAAAUGGUAGUAAAAAUAAAGCAAACGGAAAAUCUACAGACCUCAAAGAAGAACCUUCCUUAAAUAAAAAACGCAAACUAGGUUCUUCUAAAAGUAAAAAUAUUUAAAAUAAUGAUGACGAUGACGUAUAACUAAUUUGA